AUGGACUCACUUAACCCAUUUUCAAAAUCAGCAAAUUUUCCAUCAUUUACACCAAUUAAAAAUAUUGAUCGUUCAUCAACGGUUACAUAUGGUGAUGGAUGUGUUUAUACAGGUCCUUUAACUGCACAAUAUUACGUAGUUCAACCAAAAUCGAUAAGCGAAAUGUCAAAAUGCGCAACAUCUCAUGAUGACGAACAAAACAAUGCUUCAUUAUCAUCUCCUAGUAUAAAUAAUCUCUCACUAACAUCUUCGCCAUCAAUUGAAACAACGAAUAGUAGUAGCGAUUAUCAAUUUAAAGUUAUGCUAUUAGGCGAUAGUGGCGUUGGUAAAACAUGUCUGCUUGUACGAUUUAAAGAUGGUACAUUUCUUUCUGGCAGUUUCAUAGCUACGGUUGGAAUUGACUUUCGAAAUAAACUAGUCACACUUGGCGAUAAAAAAAUAAAAUUGCAAAUAUUUGAUACAGCCGGCCAAGAACGUUUCCGUUCUGUAACACAUUCAUAUUAUCGUGACGCCAAUGCACUAUUAUUGCUCUACGAUGUAACAUCAUAUUCAUCAUUUGAAAAUAUAUCAGCUUGGCUAAGCGAAAUAAAAGAAUCCGCACAUGAUGGUGUAAUUAUAAUGUUAAUCGGAAAUAAAAUUGAUAAAUCUCAACGUGUUGUAUCAAGAGAAACUGGCGAACGUUUAGCAAGAGAUUAUGAAGUUAGCUUUAUUGAAACAUCUGCUAAAACAAGUCAAAAUGUCGAAUUAGCAUUUAUGGCAACAGCUCAAGCACUACUUGAUAAAGAAUUAACUCGAAAAACUCAACAUAAUGGACAUUUUACAUUAAAUGAUACAUUUAAAAUGUCUAGAUUAUCAUCAAUCAAUCACAAUCGAGAUAGUUAUAAUAAUACGACGAAUAGUUCUAAAGCUUCUGGCCGGUGCUGUUAUUAA